AUGGCUUUCUCUAUACUUGCACCAUAUCCAUUUAGCUUUAGUAAAAUAUUUCUUCCUCAUAAAAAAAGGUCUUCUUCUCUAGCAAUAUACAACUCCAAUUUCUAUCAUACAACUCGAUGCAAGGCAUCAUCACAUGAAGUUAUCAAAGGUUCUAGUCUGGAAGUUCCUCGUCGAUCGGCUAAAUUCCAAACAUCAAUUUGGACUUAUGAUUAUAUCCAGUCAUUAAGUAGUGAAUAUAACGAAGUAAUGUACAAAGAGCAAAGGUUAAUGCUAAGAGAAAAAGUAAGGAUGAUGUUUAUGAAAAUGGAAAAUGAGAUCGAUCAACUUGAACUUAUUGAUGUAUUGCAAAGGCUUGGAGUGGCAUAUCAAUUUACCAAUGAAAUAAAGAAUAGACUAGACAAUAUUUACGGCACACAAACAUCCAAGUUGGAAAAUAACUUAUAUGCCACAUCACUCAAGUUCAGACUUCUAAGGCAACAUGGUUAUAAUAUAUCUACAGAUGUUUUUGCUUGUUUUAUCUAA